AUGGUAACUUUGCAUAUACAUGGAAUAUCCGGACCAAUCAAGUCUUCCUUGCAACUGAGUCCUAUUCCACAGGAUCCAAAGAAAAACAGUUCUUUUAUCAUACACUCUGAAAGGAUAGUUCAAGAAUGGCCCGAGUACAAUAUAUCACUUCCUGUACCCAGUGAAUUACACCUGAAAAACCUGACAACAGUGACUGUCAGUAUAGAUUAUCCUUCUGAGAGUGUCACAGAUUCCUAUCUUAAACUGUAUAUGCCAUCAAAUUGUGAGGAUUGUGAAGAUUUCGAAGCCAAAAUGUCGGUUGUGAGUUUUAAGAUGAUGUCGUCAUCCAGCCUACGUGGAAAGGACACCUAUCUCAGCGAGACAAGGACACUUGAAAAUAAUGCAGCCAUGUUUCUGUUUGAAGACGACAAGACAGACCGUGUUUCUGAUUCUAUACAAUUUACUGCUAUUUCAGAAUUGUUGGAUUACAGAGGAUUUCAGAAUGGAGACAUUCUUGAGGAAGCAAUUGGGUACAAAUUCAAGGAUGAAUUCAUCUGGAUAGGAAAAACAACCAUAGGUGUAACAGAUGAUCAGGAAAAUAACACCCCUGAUUUAGAGAUAGCUAUGACAGAGUUUUCUACUUUUGAGAAACUAGGAGAUGUUACUCAGAAAUUGCGGACGAACUUGGAUCACAGUUUGAAUUCCACAGGAAGUGCUUAUGAUGUCAUGGUGAUUUUUUACUUUCCACCAGAACUACAGUACGUUAGGUACUCACAUUAUCUUCAAAACAUUGUAAGAAAACCCGAGACCACCAUCGACGUAGAGGGAAAGACAGUUAAAUUUAAUAUUCCACGGAUGUCCUUUGCACACUCCAGCAAAAUCUAUUUUAAUAUCUCCUACAAUGUAAACACCUCGGCGUUAGAGGGACAGCGGUUCUUCAGUAUCGUUUAUGAAGUGGUGUUCAAAGGAUGGAAUGACACGGACGACAAAAGUACAGCUUUACACGCUCUGACAUUUGUUCAGGGUGAACCGAAGAAAGAUGAAGCAUUACUCUGUCAAUGUCCAUGGAAUUCCAAACAGAAGUGUGUUUGUUGCAAGCCUGGCCAAUGUCUUUGUCCAAAAACUAAAGACCCAAAAGUUUGUGGACCAUGUAAAAAUCCAUGCGUCUGUACCAACGAAAUUCAGUGGAUCAAGAACAUUACGAAGCUUUCAUACGAAGAUGCGACAAUUGUCUGUAAUGAUCUGCCAACACAGGGGAGGUAUUCAAAAGAGCGAUCAAUUGGAUGUAGCAAAACGAUUCAGAGAAAGGAACCUCAAGUUUUAUCUCCCUUGGUAUCGGCAGUGUUAGGUAUUGAUAAGGAGACCGGGUUCCUUUAUGGGAUCAGUAACAAUGGUAAGGGUUAUGUUUUGAGUGAGGACGAAGGGACGACAUGGAUGUCAAUACCACCAAAUGUUUUCAACGCUUCCAAGUUGAACUCGGCGGAUUUGAAGUAGAAAUGCCAUUGAAUGGUAAAUUUAUAACACUGUCAAUUGU